GCGUUGAAGCUCCAGAGUCUGUCUGGACGGCCUCAUUUCAUGAACUGCGUUAGGCACCUUUUCCAUCAGUGCGUGCGGUCAGAACUGUCAGAGGCGCUCUCUCCUGAUGGAGCCAGGCGGUGCGGCGAGUUUGUUUGUUUAUUUUGGUCGUCAUUUCCUCCUUUUUUGAGACACUUUCCUCAAACCCGGGGCCUUUUUGCCCUCGGUGUGUAGAGGUGCACGUUGCCGCUUACUGUACUGAAGGAGCGAUUGUUCAUAGCCUUUGCUGCUAAUGCUGGACUGAGGAAUGGAGGUGCAGGAGUGUGAAGGAAUGAACUGCUAGAUGAAACAUUGUGAGCCGUGGAUCCUGUCACCACCACUGUAAAGAAAGCAGAGUCUUCGGUGACCCCAUUCUGUGAAGUCCAAAAUGAAUGGCUAUGCUGCCCCCACCUACCCUUCUGGAGGCUUCAGUUCCUACUCAUCCCAGCUGAAUGGCCAUGGCUCCCCAUCACCAGAGCUCCCAGCACACAAUGCCAACAAGUCCAGCGGAAAGGCCCUUUAUGGGACAGAUGGACUUUACUUCCUACGCUCUUCUGCCAAACACAAAAAGAAAGAGCAACGGAAGAGCUACACUAAAAACAGCAUUAACAGCAUGACGGACACAUCGCAGUACCAUGUUGAACAUCUAACAACGUUUGUCAUGGAUCGCAAGGAUGCCAUGAUGACCAUAGAGGAUGGUAUCCGUAAACUGCGCUUGCUUGAUGCGAAAGGAAAGGUGUGGACACAGGACAUGCUGCUGCAGGUGGAUGAAAAAGCAGUCAGCCUCAUUGAUCCUGAUACCAAGAAUGAGCUGGAGAAUUUCCCGCUGGCUACAGUGCAGCACUGCCAGGCCAUCAUGAACUCCUGCAAUUAUGAUUCCAUCUUGGCGCUGGUGUGUAAAGAGUCUGGACAAGGCAAACCGGACCUGCACCUCUUCCAAUGCGAUGACAUCAAGGCAAAUUUGAUACAUGCAGACAUUGACAGUGCUAUCAGUGACCACAAGGGAGGAAAGGCUAAAAAGAGGCCAGAGACCCUGAAAAUGAUUCUGAAAAGCGAUGGGGCCAUUCCACCUCCCCCUGGCGGCCCCGCCCCUGAGCCCCCCGCUACUGUCAAUCAAGUGGAUGUGAAGAGCAGAGUGGCUGCUUGGUCAGCUUGGGCCAAUGAGCAGCAGGACUAUGAUAAACAGAGGCCGUACGGUGAACAGGAUGAAUCUCCGGAGAUGACCGCAGCGCGAGUAGACAGAGAUGUGCAAAUCCUGAACCACAUUCUGGAUGAUAUUGAGUACUUCGUCACCAAACUUCAAAAAGCUGCAGAGGCGUUUAAUGAACUCUCCAAGAGGAAAAAAUCGAAAAAGAACAAAAAGAAGGGGCCAGGAGAGGGAAUGUUAACACUACGGGCCAAGCCACCAGGGCAGGAGGAGUUUGUUGACUGCUUUCAGAAAUUUAAACAUGCCUUCAACUUGCUGGGAAAGCUGAAGAACCACAUUCAGAACCCGAGUGCUGUAGAUCUGGUUCACUUCCUCUUUACCCCACUCAGAAUGGUCAUUCACACAUCAGGAGGGAUAGACCUGGCAAAGAGUGUACUGGUUCCACUCCUCACCAGAGAGGCCAUAGACUUUCUGCACUCUGCAGGCACUCCUGAAGAGCGCCACCUUUGGGUCACUUUGGGAGAUGGAUGGACCAAAUGCAGGCUGGAGUGGCCUAAGGACCAUUACUUCCCCCCUCACACGCUGCGUUUCCGGGAUGGUUGGGAGCCGCCUGUGUUGGUAUCUCGGGAGCAGGACUUGACACAGCUGGCCGAAACGCUGGCUCAGGCAGAGAUCCACAGGCAGGAGGAGGUGAGCCACAGACUCCACCAUGAGCAGGCCAGCGUGCAGGAUUUCCCCUCAGGAGAUGGGUAUGCCUUCAGUAACACUGCCUACCAGCGCAUGCACCUGCUGGACACAGACAUGGCAGUGGCUGCUUUUAAACAGGCGGUCAGCCGCCACUUAGAUAGAAGUUUUGAUGCCCAUGCUAGAGGCCAGCCAAGAAACUUUGCCAAAUCUAAAUAUGACUUUGUGGCAAGGAAUAACACAGAACUCUCUGUGGUUAAGGACGAAGUGGUGGAGGUUCUGGAUGACAGGAAACAGUGGUGGAAGGUUCAAAAUGGAGUUGGGGCUACAGGAUAUGUGCCAAACAAUAUCCUCGAGAUCAGCAGGGCAGUUGACGUGACUGGACGCGGGGAGCCAAUUUACAGCCACACAAUUCAGCUAAUGAUGCCAAAGAAGGAGUUUGAGCUGUUUAAGCAAUUGCUGGGGGAGUUAAAUGAGAAGCAGAGAACGGACUACGUCCCGAAGCCUGUAGCGACAGCCAUCCCUCCAGCCCCGACGCCACCUCCUCCAGCUCCCGCACUGGUGCAGCUGCCCACUCCACCGCUGCCCCCUGCGGCUGUCCCUCCAGCCGCCGAGCUUCAGAGGAGCUCGCCCUCUAACGUCAGCCGCCAGAACAGCAGCAACUCCAGCGACAAUGGCAGCGUCACCAUGAGGGACCACCAGAAAGAACGUGCUGCCCCCACUAACCGUCGUAAGUCGAACAUGGAGGAGGUUCAGGAUGAGCUGAUGCACAGGCUGACUCUGGGUCGCAGCGCUCAGAAGAAGUUCCAGGCUCCGGCACGCAGCACCAGCCUCCCCGCCGUCAACAUCACCUACGACUCCAACCCUGAGGAGGUCAAAGCCUGGCUGCAGGCCAAGGGCUUCAGUGCUGUAACUGUGAACAGUCUGGGGGUGCUGACUGGAGCUCAGCUCUUCUCCCUCAACAAGGAUGAGCUGAAGACUGUGUGUCCUGAUGAUGGAGCCAGGGUCUACAGCCAGGUCACAGUCCAGAAGGCUGCCCUUGAGUCUCUCUCCUUUUCAACACAGAGGAGCUCUGGCUCAGAGCUGCAGGAGAUCAUGAGGAGGAGGCAGGAGAAACUAGCGGCGGCAGCCAGUGACUCGGGGGUGGAGUCCUUUGACGAGGGCAGCAACCACUGACCCCUCCUCCUCCUCCCCUCUCGCCCUCUUUCAUCCUUCUCACAUUGUCCUUUUCCAGGACGCAUCCGAGCGUGCCCAGUUUGCAGCCAUCAUGCGCCGCCGACAGGAGCUCCUAGACCCGCCGGACAAUGGAACCACCUCGGAUGUAGAUUGAAGUGCUUUACUCUGUACUGUACUGAAAUGAAGGAGUACUGUAGGUGUAGGUUUUGUACACUAAUUGCUACAUAGACCAAAACAAAGCUUGGAAGAUUUCAGUAGAUUUAAAAAAAGAAGAAAAGUCCGAAGAGAACAUAGUUGUAGAGCCAUGGAGUUAAGCGUUAAAUCAGUCUCUUCAGGCAUUAAUAUUAUAUUACAAAAAAAGUCAAUAUCCUGAAUAUUCAUUGUGUAGUCCUGCUGUAAUUUGUUUGACCAGGAAGAAAGCAGACUGGAACUUUUUCAGACCAAUGGACUGGACUGGACCGUCCCAGGAAGUAUUGUGACGUGUGCUUGCAAACAGGUUGAAGAUUGAAGCUGAGACAUGUUGACAAUUUAAAUGUUGUCUUACUCCAGUAGAUUUUCAAAAUUCACUACCUGUGAUACAUGAAGGAUGGAGGCAAGACGAGGAUUUGAUUUACUCAGACUUUUAUAUGGACCUUCUUUUCUAGAAUGGUCCAAAUCUCCACUGUCAAUGUGAAUCCUCACAUUUGUGAAGUGGGUUAUCAGCUUGGAUUGUACUUCUUCUAGAAUAUCACUCUAGAAUUCAUAGAGUGGAGCCAACCGAGGCCAAUAAUGGGAAUAGGUGCGAUAUGACUGGGAAAGAGCCGAUAGUUCGAUCUAUCGUUGUGUACGUUGGUUGUUUGCUGUCAGAGAAGAUAUUUAUGUAUAUGGUCAUUUCUAUUUAAGCAUAAUGCCAAAAGAUUAACUUUAUAUGACUCGCUGUUGAGCUGUAGAUCAGAAACAGAGCGCCGACGUGGCCACUUUAGAAAACACAUCUGUCCUUUUGCAGGCCACCUCCCGCCUUCAGCUGUAAAUUAUUUUCAGGGAAUUUUUCAUACUUACUUACUCGCCUCCACUGUAAAGCUUACGAAGACUGCGGUUAAAUCCCUCCAACACCUGCAUGAUUUAUCCUCUCUCUCUUUUAUGAUUUCCAGCAAUAUUUGGUUAGAAUCAUUUUGUAAUUCUCCAUUUGGGAUGUGCAUCAUUUUAAUAUCCAAGCACGGCCGUUUUGAUUUUAAAUGUUUACGAUCAGAAAUGUUUCUUGAAUGUAAGCUGCAGGUCACUUUGGAGGACAGGACUCUGUUAUAGAGACAGAAUGACUCAUAUUGACCUACAGUACGAGUUCUAAUGGUACCUAUUUGUAUGCAUUCACCUGUUUUCCCGCGGUUAGUGUCUCAUGUAGCUCAAGUGCCAUCAUCAAUGUUCUUUUUUUUCCAUGCAUCUCCACACCCACACUUCAGCAGUUCUCUUGUUGCAUUUAAAAAUGGUGAAAGCCUUAAAGGCUCUUUAGUUCAUUUAUCUGACAAGCCAUUUACUCACUGUAGGGAUCCACAGUUCAUGCUCCGCUCCCUUUUCAGAUCUACGGUGUUUAGUCCCGUUAUGCUGUGUGGAAACAGUGAACUUCACUACAUGCUUUGGCGAAAGGAUGAUCCUUCUUUCUUAGCUAAACGGGAAAAGGGAACAGCUUCAACAAAAAGCAUCACGCUGAUAAAAAUGUACAGAAUAAACGGAUACAUAUAAACUCUU